GUUCUUUUUGGCUCAGCAUCACAGAGCUUCCUGACACCAGUCAACUUCAGAUCUCCAUCACUUCAUCACUUCAUCAUCACCAUGUCAUCACAGAACACAAACAUCUCAUCAAAGUAUCAGGACAUCAUCUCCAGAAGUAUUCUGAUCUCCUCAGGAUCUCCUUCUGUCUACCAGCUGAAACCAAAGAAAGAGAAGAUUGGAUCUCUGACUAGAAUGACUGUUGGAGAAAGAAACAUGAACAAGACCAAUAGAACCAUCUUACUGGUUGGAGAAUCAGGAUCAGGAAAAUCAGUUCUGAUCAACUCUCUGGUCAACUACACCAUGGGAGUGAAGUUUGAGGAUGAAGUCUGGUUUCAGAUCAUAGAGGAGGAGAAAAGAAAACAAACAGAAAGUCAGACAUCAGAUGUGAUCGUGUACCAGAUCUUUGGUUUUGAAGGUGAAACUCUGCCCUACUCUCUGACCAUCAUCGAUACUCCUGGUUAUGGAGACACCAGAGGGACUAAUCUAGAUGUAAUUGUCAGUCAAAGAUUAUUUGACUUGUUUAGAUCAGAGGAUGGAGUUCAUGAAGUUGAUGCAGUGGGUCUGGUGAUGAAGGCCACUGAGAAUCGAUUGAAUGAUCGACUGAUGUACGUCUUCAAUUCAGUGACGUCUCUGUUUGGAAAAGACCUGGAGAAAAACAUCGUAGCUCUCAUGACACACUCAGAUGGAAGAAAACCUAAAAAUGCUCUUGAAGCUCUUGAAGAUGCAAAAAUUAAAUGUGCCAAAAAUGAGAAGAAUCAACCUGUUUACUUCCUGUUUAAUAACUGUCAGCAUGAAGACAGAACAGAGGACGAAGAAUACCUGGAAAGUGCUACUAAAAUAUCAGUGAGAGGAAUGAGAGCGUUCACAGCUUUUCUGGAGAAAACUGCUCCUCAGAAACUGGAAAAAACUGUGGAUGUUCUGAAUGAACGUAUCAGACUGACAGCCUGCAUCAAAAACCUGGGAGAGAGAAUCAACCUGACUGAACUGAAAUACAUUGGGAUGAAACAAAUUCAAGAAGGGGUGAAGAAGAAUGAAAAGUUCCCUUUAAAAGUUGAUGAGAUCUACAAAGAAAAAGAAGCUAUUGAUGGUGGGAGAAGGAAGUUUUUGUUUUUGACUAGAGCUGUCUGCUGUACUGUCUGUCAGGAGAACUGUCAUUAUCCUGGUUGCACAAUGGCCUGGAAACCUGAACACUGUGAGGUCAUGAAGAAAGGUUACUGUACUGUUUGUACCAAUAAGUGUCCUGUAUCAGCUCAUGUGAAAGAUAAGUGGAAAUAUGUGACCAAGACGAGGAAAGUUCAGAAAACUUCAGCAGAAAUGAUACAGAUGUAUGGGAAGAAUAUGUCAGAAAGCAUGAAGAAGUUGAGCUUUGAGGAAAAUCUUGAGAAAGAAAUGAACAAACUGAGAUCAGAGAAGUCCCAGCUCCUCGAUGAGGCGUACCAACAUGUUGUCAAACUGGAGCAGAUCGCCCUGAAUGUUGAUUCAGUGUCCACUCAUGUCCACUUGGACGUCCUGAUUGAGAAGAUGAAGGAGAGAGGAGACAGUGAGAAGGUCCAGAAACUGGAGGAGAUGAGAAACCGAGUGGAUGAAGGAACCAGGGCAGCACUGCAGUAUGCAAUGACUGAUCAAACAGGAACAAAAUGCAAAAAUUAAAUCAUGGUUAUACAACAAAUACUUCCGACCAAGCAGUCUGAUUGGUCAAUAAGACAUUUAGACAUGUGCUCAAAUCCGCAUUACAGCACAGUUGACUCAUCACUAAAAAUGUUGCUCCGCAAAGUCUGUGGCAACAUUGUUUCCAUCUCCAUGGCAACACUGUAACUGCUAGAGCUGGAGCAGGAAACGGCUGAAAAAUACACUACAAAAUCGUUUGUUGUUAAUUUCAGUUUAUUUGGUCUCAGUUUUGAUGAAUGGUUGGAGGACGAUGAGAAUAACCAAAAAACAAAAAGAAAGAUUUGUGCCUAUUUCGGAUGAAAAACUGAAUCAACUGGAAUCGUCCAGGAAUGAACGGACCUCGGCCAGAUUAACGUCUUGGGCAGUCAGAUAUUUCCAGGACUAUCUGAAAAUCACCAAGCAGGAUGUAGCAACAUGAAUAUAUAUUUAAUCGUAAGCUUUAUUUUGUUGGUAAUUGCAAUAUUACUUAAAUUAACAUCUUUUAUCUGUCACCACUCUUUAAACAUGAAUCAGUUGUUUGAUUGUGAGUGUGUUCAGUGUAAUAUCCAGUUGAUAUUUUCAAUCAGAAACAUGGUGGAGGAAGUAUUCAGAUCAUUGACUUCAGUCAAAGUACCAACACCAACAUAUUAGUAGUGUUAUCAGUGGUCAGUAAAAUGUAGUUCAUGUAUAAGCAGUAAAAGUAUUCCAUGAGGAAAAUGUUGUAUCAGUGUGAUAUGAUUGGGUCUCCUAUUCCUGGCUUGUUGUUGUCAUUCUAAUCAGUUUGUACAGAGGAUAUUACUCACACUGAACUCAGACACAGUGGAGAAAUCUUCUGCUGAGCUGGAGCUCCAUCCAACUAUCACACUUGAGUGUUUUUGAAGAGAACAGUCCUGAAAUCUAAUGUUCUUUGAUUUGAUUCAUACCUUGGAUUCUUCAUGUGUUCAUGCUGGAAUGACUAGUUGGAAUAUUUCACAUAACUCAGUGGAAACAUUUGGAUCAUUUUAUGUUGUUGUGAUUUUUUUUUUUAAUUCACUAUAUUCUGUUCUUCUCAUUCAAUUGUCUCCUGGUUGAAGCAGUUUUCUGUGAAUCUUUAAUAAAAUAUCUGCUUCAUCAAA